AUGGCAAACGCCGCAGACAAACCGUCCGCCACCGUGGACAGCUUCAAGGCCCGGCUUCGCAAAAAAAAGAUUGAGCGCGGCCUCCCAGUCUCGCCGACGCCGUCGGAACUUGCGCGCGACAACGUGUUGGAAGACGACGGCACGGUGCUGUACAACUUGCUGGGCCGUAUGAUCUCGCUGCACCCGGGCAACAUUGUCAAAAAGGCCGGACGCGCCGUGCGGUUGGGCGAGGCCGAUGCUUUGAAAGUGGCGGCCGCAGGGGGCGUUCCUGUGCCCGACGUGUUUGGGACCGAGGUCACGCCCGAGGGCCGGUUUCGCAUCUCGAUGAGCUACAUCGAAGGGCAGACCCUGGAAGCGGCUUGGCCCUCGCUCUCGGAAGACGACAAGACAUGCUACUGUCGACAGGUCGGGGCGAUCCUGACGGCGAUGCGCGCCAUUCCGCCCCCCGACCCGAGCUUCAUCGGCGCCUGCGACGGCAAGGAGAUCCGCGACGGCCGGCUGUACAGCACAUACAUGUCACCCGUGUGCGCGGACGAGGACGCGUUCAAUGCCUAUCUGGUCUCGAGCAUCGCCCCAGCGACGCCCGACGCGGUGCGUGAGGCGUUCGUGCGCCGGUUGCAAAGCCAGCCACGGCAUCGCAUCGUCCUGACCCACGGCGACCUGGCACCACGCAAUAUUAUGGUCCGUGACGGCCGUGUCGUCGCGCUCAUUGACUGGGAGGAGGCUGGAUGGUACCCCGAAUACUGGGAGUAUGUCAAGUUCUUCCAGCGCUCAACGGCCAUGGAAAAGGACUGGAGAGCACAUUCCAAGGACAUUUUUGACGAGGCGUAUCCGGACGAGCUGGUUGACUACAUUGCCGUUUCCAAGUUUCAGUACCCAUAA